AUGGCGACUUUACCGGUGACGAUCCCGGUCAACCGUGAGUUCAGCUUAAGAGAGCGAAUUGCGGACCAUCUCGCGCUCAUGCGAAAGUUCAAACGCAUUUUAGAGGAUGUGGAACGCCCCGGUAGGCACGCGCAUAAAUUCCCGCGCCCUCCACCUGGCGUUUCAGGUCAGGAAAACGAGGGUAAAUGGAGAGUGCAAUGCCUCCUUAUGAGCGCUGAGGUCCGGUACUCGUUGUACCUUCAAACUUUAGAAAGGUGGAUUGCGUCUUAUGGUCUCAAAUCACCUAAGGAUAAGUGGCCACUCCCACCAUGGGAUGUGGCCAUCAUAUUCUACGCCCAUCUCCUCUCACCAUUCAAUUUCCAGAGCGACAUCGAAUCAAAUUUCCAAAAUCUUUGGAAAGCAGAGAUCGAAUUUCCUCUUGCAAGGAUGCGCUCAAUCAAUUCAGAUAAAGGUAGUGAACGUGCAUGGAUGAAGGAAUAUCCUAAUAUCGCUUAUCAGGCAGUGGAGUUUACUCUUGCUGGUGAUCACGCAUACAUCACUACUGAGAAUGUUAUGGACAUACACGGCUAUAAGUGCGGCUCGAAGCAUUGCCUGAAGAAGGGAGCGUAUGUCAUCCAAAUGACUGAAUGGUCCAAAUACCGGGUUGGCCGAGCCAAGCUCACCUGUCCUGGUUGUAAGACGACGUUCACUAACAGAGCGUUCGAGCCUCAGACACUGCUUGAAUUCUCCCGUGCUGCGUUCGGGUUCCCCAUCUUCAACCUAUGGGAUAGCCCUCAACGACAGUUUGGUAAACAAGGUUUUGUGGACCGGAUUCUGGCCUUGACCCAGGCUCAAGGCCAGAUGCCAGACCAUGUCUUCCGCUAUCUUAAGUUCCUGCAGCUCAUGAAAGAGAGUAAAUCCAUCCUUGUCCCGACGCUCGACAUCGAUCUCCUCUGGCACACCCACCAGCUCUCCCCAGUCGCCUACGACAAGUACUGCAAGACGCACGUUGGGCGACGGAUCAACCACGUAGAUACCAUCCGCACGACGAAGCGCUCCACAGGCCUGGACGACACGGCGCGCCUCUGGGCAACGUGGUACGGCGAGUCCUACUUCGACCCGGAAAAUACGGCCAAGGCUACGGAGAUCGAACGACGCAAAGCCACGUGCAAGCAGAAGCGGGAGGACAUGGAAGCCAAGCUGGCCGCGUACGACUACAAUCACCAAUAUCUAAAGAAAGAGCUCGACGAGGUAAGCGACCGUAUCGCAACCAAGCGUGCCAGCAUACGCGACGCACAUGUGGCGGCGAGCGCGCUCGGCGCGACGGUGGCGCGUGUGGAAGCGGCUAAAAAGUCCGUCAAGCCGUCACUGCGGCUGUUCGAACUGCGUUACUACAGCCAGACGCAAAAGCAGCAGCUGCGGAAGCUAGAAGAUAAACGCCGACCGCUGGUGGAGGAUUAUAUACACAAGCGGCGCGAGGCGGAGACUCUGGAAGAUGAGGGCCGGGAUUUGUGGCGGGAGCUGGAGCGUCACAACAGGAAAUGGAAGGAGGCACAGAAGGAGAGGCGGCUCCUGGAGCAGCGGCUCGCGGCCGAGGUGGCCUUGGCGACAGAGGCGAUCGGGCAGUUUAAUGUCGACGGAUUGGAUAGGCGUGAUGAUCAACACCAGCAGCAGUACCAGGAGGACCGGUAUGACGGGUCGUGGUACUCGGUCGUGCCGUCAGAGGUGCAGCCCUGUAUGUAUCCCAUUAUCGAUACAGCGAACGAUGGGAGGGCGAAGGUGCGAACGUGGGCAGACACAUACAACCCAACGCGUAGCUAUGCAGGGUAUUCUGGGGGAGGCGGCGGCGGAGGAUGUGGCGGCGGAGGAGGAGGUUGCGGCGGAGGAGGAUGCGGCGGAGGAGGAUGCGGUGGCAGUUAA